GUGUGUGUCAAUAGAGUUUUAUUCUCACCCGCGGAUUAGGAAACGGGCAUUUCAACGCCAAUAAAAUCUACCACAUCAAGUCGAAUAUCGCAGAUCAAAAGGACCAAAGUAUGGGCAUUUUUUCAAUAAAUGAGAAGGACAGGACUCCGUGCGCCUGGAUCACGCCCCGUAAGCACUGCCCUCCGCGGCGAUUGGUCCGUGAGAAAGAGAGCAGGGUUAAAACCCAGAGCGGUUAAACGCACAGGUAUCGAACAGAAGAGGACGCCGCGGUCGGUUUGGGAGUUUCGUGUCGGUGCUUUGCAAGAGUCUGUUGAACGUCAGAAAAGAAAGAAAGAAACCUAAAGGGCUCCCAAGUCUCGCGCAGAGAAAGCUCACCUGUCCGUCUCGCCUAAGCUCCUUCGGCCGCGUGUAACGGUUCUGCUUUAGAUUUUGAGCAGCCCCUCGGGAUUUUCGGGAACGCGCGAUGGAGUGCAGGCGGCCGCCGAGGAGCGUACGGGUGCUGGAUGUGGUUCGCUGGGCCGUGAUGCUGGGCUUGGUCCAGUCCGGCGCGCUCGGCGCGAGGAAGUUCCGCGGGGGUCGAAACCCGCAGCCGCGCCGCGCGCUCCCCUCCGCUCAUUACCGGGACCGCGGCGAAACCACCGAGAGCUUCUCACUGGAUUUCACGGCCGUCGAAGAAAACAUGGACAAUUUCAUGACCCAGGUGAAGAACCUGGCGCAGUCCCUGUACCCCUGCUCGGCUCAGAAGCUCGACUACGACAUGAAGCUGCAUUUCCUGGAGAACACGUCGGUCACCUGUAACGACGGGACCCCGGCAGGGUACUACCUGAAGGAGUCCAAAGGAAGCAGAAGGUGGUUAAUAUUUCUGGAGGGAGGCUGGUACUGCUUCAACAAAGAGAACUGCGACAGCAGAUACGAGACCAUGAGGAGGCUCAUGAGCUCCUCCAAAUGGCCCCAAACUAAGACGGGUACAGGUAUACUGUCUUCGCUUCCGGAGGAAAACCCUCACUGGUGGAAUGCCAACAUGGUGUUCAUCCCAUAUUGCUCUAGUGAUGUAUGGAGUGGAGCCACACCAAAAACUGAUCAAAAUGACUAUGCGUUCAUGGGUUCACUGAUCAUAAAGGAAGUUGUAAAGGAUCUGCUCACCAAGGGUCUGGACAACGCUAAGAUACUGCUGCUCGCCGGAAGCAGUGCGGGUGGAACUGGGGUGCUGCUGAACGUGGACGCAGUGUCCGAGCUCCUGGAGGAGAUGGGUCACGCAAACAUCCAGGUCAGGGGUCUGUCCGACUCCGGCUGGUUCUUGGACAACAAACAGUACCGCUGCACUGACUGUGUGGACACCAUCAACUGCGCCCCCACAGAGGUCAUCAAGAGAGGAAUCAAAUACUGGGGCGGUGUGGUGCCUGAGCGAUGCCGACAGGCUUAUGAGGGAAAAGAAUGGAACUGCUUCUUCGGAUAUAAAGUUUAUCCUACCAUUAAACGCCCCGUGUUUGUAGUGCAGUGGCUGUUCGAUGAAGCCCAGCUAACGGUAGACAACAUUCAUCUGACGGGACAGCCGGUUCAAGAGGGCCAGUGGCGUUACAUUCAGAAUCUGGGGACUGAGCUGAGGAACACUCUAAAGGACGUCCCUGCAAUGUUUGCUCCAGCUUGCCUUUCGCAUGAAUUCAUAACAAGAAAUUACUGGACUGACGUUCAAGUCAAAGGCACGUCUUUACCCAGAGCGCUCCACUGCUGGGACCGCAGUCUACAAGAAAAUAGCCGAAAUAAUAAAUCCCCUCCCAAAGGCUGUCCAGUGCACUUGAUCGACAGCUGUCCGUGGCCUCACUGCAACCCAACGUGCCCAACGAUCCGAGAUCAGUCGACGGGGCAGGAGAUGAACGUUAUCCAGUUCCUCAUGCACAUGGGCUUCGAUGUGCAGAAGAUGGCCCAUCAGCAGGGCAUGGACCCGAGUAAGCUACUGGGCAUGCUCAGCAGCGGCAGCUAAAUGCCUCGGAAAGACUUCCAUCCUGAUGCUUCCCAUCAGUCCGUUUGAUACCUCCGACCCCAUACCCCCUUUACCCGUCUCAGCUUUGACCUCAGGCUGAGCUCUGCCUUCAGUCGGGGCUCUGUGCCAACUCUCUUGGGCCUUCCAUCUCCAGAUCCCCUCAUUCAGUUUCAGUUGGCGUCCAUUUUGCUCCAGUCUUUAGUGUUAUCACUGAGCAGCUUGGAGAUGGUGGAGACGGCCAAAACAGAGACUUGGAACGGAGCCCUUGUCAGAUCCACCUCAGUUAAACCAUGGGCUGCUGACUGUUAAAAGGUUCCCAACACAACACGGUACCAGUGAGAGUACUGAAGAACCAUGUAACCAGGACACGGUACACCUGCAUCUUUGCUCUUAAUUUAUCUUUUGGUUAUAAAAGUAUGACGAAUGUAAUCCAGUUUUACGGAUCUUCAGCAUUGUUGUUGUUUUUUUUUUAAAUCGUAUUUUCUUUUUUACCAAUAUAUUUAGCCACAGUUUAUUAGAGUUUUAUAUGUCCAUUCAGAAGACGAAAAUACAGAGAGCGAGAGAAGAGAGAUUAUCGAUUAUAGAGUUUAUAAUCUGUAACGCAGAUUAUAGUGAUUAUGAAGUACAUGUAAAUUAUAGAUCUACUCAAAAAUCGUAAAAAAACGGGAAUUUCAAAACAGGCAGACACUGGAUCACCUGCUCUAAACCCAACAUCACUCUUGGGGUAUGGCUAAGUUGUGAUAAAAUAAUUAUAUAGUCAUUAUAAAAAAACUGGUAAAACCAGUGAAACUGGAGAGCUUUUUUAAAAAAAAAAUGUCCAAGCUUCUGUUUUUGAUCAAGUUUAUGGUAAUUUACAAUGCCAAAAGGACGUAACGGCACCAUAAAAGUAUCAUAUUAGUCAAUAUGAUCAGUGCAAUACAGUGUUCUGGCAUGAAACUUUGGAUGGGUCUGAUCUAAUGACGUCAUUGUCAAACGGCACAGCUGAUUGGUUCUCUCCUGUACCGGUAGCCAAUAAGCACACAGCUCAGUGUUUAAAUAUAUGAACAGCGCUUGCUGUAGCAGUUUGCAGCAUGCUUCAGAAACCCUCCUCCUUCCCCAGCUCCACCUGGAUCGAUCUGCUACGAGGCGAUCCGUGUUGUUGUGUGCUCUAGCACUGAAAUCAAAAUACGUAUCGCGGCGUGGACGAAAAACCCACACCACGGUUUAUGGCGUAGGGAAGGAAUCACAUUGACUACUUUUCGAAGCAGCAUAAAUCCACUUGUAUACAAAAGCAGAAGAUUGGACGUGGUUGAAAAUUACUACGCGAGUAAAUGAUGUCAGAAUUGAACUAUUCCUCUAUGGUACAAAAUGUAUACAUGCUCACAGAUCCUGGAUGAAAUGCUAAUUCCAGACUACAGAUCCUCUUUUUCAUAGUCACGUUUCAGGCACACGUCACCCUGAAUGUGACCCUGCUACUCAGGUCGGUCUCUAUGCCUUUUCGGUGUACUUUCAGUUGAACUCAUUCACGUCGUGUUAAAACGGGAUUUCACUCAUUUCGCUGUGUAGAAACUCCCGGGACAUCCUUUUCUUGUAUCGUAAUGGCAAAAUAAGCAAAAUGACACUGUUUGAGUGAUAUUCCAUUUUGUGUAAUACACCACCAUUGUACUGACGGGACAGUUUUAUCAAUGCAAACUCUCACUCGACUGGGAGAGGGACUUGGGCUCUUUUGUAUAGGGUUUCUUAACAGCCGACUCCUUUGCGAGUACUUUUUUCAAAUGAAGACGCUCUAGACUGUUAAAAUAUUUAAUAGAAUACUUUUUUAAUAUAACUUUUUUUGUAGCGGUCUUGUGGAAAAGAAUAAAAACGAAUAAAUCAACCAAAAGAAACGAAAACAACAGAGAUGUGAAGGUAUUACUAAUUGCUAUUUUGUUCUGUAACAUAUUUUUUAACAGAAACUCAAUCUACAUUGCUACGUUGCAUAUUUAUUUUGUUAUGUAAAUCAUAUUUAUAAUGCUAUUUUCACAGAGAAGUGAUUCUUUGUAAAUUGUAAAUAGUGCUGUUUUUUCCUUGUGUUGAAUGCAUGUAUGUUUCCAUGAGAGAACACAUUACAGUUAUUUCAAAGAAA